AUUCCGGGUCGCGCGAGGCGAGCCAGGGGUUGCUGUGUUAAGAUGGCACGUAUUACCCUUGAGGAACUGAAUGAAAUGGAUGAUGAGGACCUUGAUGAAGAUGAGGAACCCAUGGAUAGGGAGCAACAGAACAGACUGUUUUCUCACUGGGAGGCAAUAGCUAGCACUCACCAAGUGACGCUGCCUCAAGACAUGGCAGGACCAAUAGUACAAAUGACACAACAUAACCAGACACAAGAGUCUGUGCCCUACACUACCUUGUCCCAGCUUGAGAAGAGUGAGGAGACAGCCUAUGAAGAGCGGCUGUAUCCAUCUAGGAAAUGGGCAUGCAUCACCAGAGGGGAGCCCAAGUAUGAACAGAGUGUCUCCCUGGGUUUCAUGAAACUCAUGCGGUAUAUCUGCAAGGAGAACUCUUUACGCCGCCACUUGGGGAUGACGGUGCCUGUGGUCACUCAGAUCCAUCUUAAUAAGGAAGGCACUGAACUGCUGCAAGAUGUCAUUACUGGCUAUUAUCUCCCAGAGGAAUUUCAGCCUAACCCCCCUCUCCCUAUGGACCCUGAAAUCCAAGUCAUAGAGAGAGCACCACUUCAGGUCAUUACAAGGGUGUUUUAUGGGAGCACUACAGAAGAAACGAUCCUACGGGAGAUCCGUCUUCUCUGGGAAUUGCUGGGCUCCACUGAUAAUGUGCUCCAUGAAACCUACAUGGUGGCUUCAUAUGAGAAUCCUGGUGUUCCUAACCAUCGCAAUGAGAUCUGGGUUAUCCGGCGAGCAAACUGAAGGCUCCCAUGAAUUCCUGACAAAACUGUAAUCCG